AUGACUCUAGACGACACUAUCACUACUAACCAAAGUACCGGACUGCCACCAGCAGAGAGAAAUGCAUACUCUCGAACUCUUGCUGCUCUUGUGGCCGCUGCUGAUCCGGCCAUUUGGGUCCACCCUGCCAUCGAACCCUUAUAUGUUCCAGGGAAAGGUUCGGCUUUUCGCGCAACUCGUGCCAUUGCGCCAAACACAGAUCUAUUGCGCGUAGCUCCGCGUGCACUGCUCAAUGUUUCUUCUACAAAGCUCGGAUCAUCAUUGGACUGUGCGGGUCUCUCGGCACAUCAGCAUCUAGCUUAUUUCCUGACAACAUUAUUUGAGGAAAAGAAAGAUGAGGGACUCCGGACAAGUAGCAGAAGUACAAGUAGUCAAAGAAGUAAUACACCUACAACCGAUGAUCUAAUCCUAGAACUCGACGAUGGCCGGGUUUAUGUCCCUCGUGCAUCAUCAUCGGAAUCUAAAGACAAAAUUAUGCUAGCAUAUCUGCGUACACUACCAACAAACUACGCCAAUAUGCCCAUUAGUUGGCCAACUGAGCAUAUCCCUAAAGACUUGAGAGCCUCUGUUACGCUACAAAGACGAACCCUAGCAUCAGAUUAUGAUACAGUUUGUGGGGCAAUCCGUCGUUCUUUUCCAGAUUCAACAAUUCAACAACCUUCCAGGGCCUUAUUCCAAUGGGCAUGGCUCACCGUCAAUACCAGAAGUCUGUACAUCGCCGUGACGCCGCACGCGUCAACUAACCUUACCUUGGCCCCUGCCAUUGACCUGCUAAACCACACAGCAGAGCCUCACCGUGCUUCGAGUAUGCGGUGGGACCGGCUGCGUGGUAUGACAAUUUACUCGGGACCUGGGGUGGAGUAUGGGCCUGGAGAUGAAGUGUGUAUCACAUAUGGGCACCACCCAAACGCCUUUUUGCUGCGAGAAUACGGUUUCGUGCUUGAUGGAAACCCACAUGAUUCAGUUGAUCUUACACCAGCUCUACCCGAGCUUCAACGAGAAGAAGAUGAUGAUGAUAUAGAAUUAAAGAAACCCCAGGCACAUUUAUCUUUGUCGACUCGGCCCGGAUCAGCAUUUGAUAAUAUACAAAAAACCGGCUCCCAUGUUGUCCGAGAUCUCUUAGAGAGUCUUGGAUAUAACGGUGAAUAUACACUUGCUGCUUCUGAGCCACAUAUAUCUUUCCGAACAACUGUUGCAGCCGUUGCAUUAGCAUAUCCUGGAAAUGCUCGUCUAGUGGAACAACUUGCUAUGGGUCUAAGCGAUGAAUCUCGCUAUGAGGCAGAAGUACGCAAAAUUGUAAGUGAAGCUAUUUCCGAUCGCAAAGAUCAAUUAGAGGCUCAAAAGGAGUUCCUCUCCGACGAUGAUGAAGACGAGGAUGAUGCAGAUGAUACAAAGUCUCUCUGCUGCCAGCUCUUCACUGGAUGGCUGGCCAUUCUUGAUGCUGUCGAACUCAGUUUCCAAGUAAAAGGAGUUUGA